CUACGCGAAAACUGAUGACAUCACAGCACAAAAUAGGGAAAGCGGAAGCUCCGAUAGGAAAAGCAGCGGUUUUCUUAUAAAACUGAUUGAUUCAGUGAUUGCUUAGGUCAUUAUGUAAAUAUAAGGAUCCGAGCAGACAGCAAACAGCCCACGUGAGAGCCAUGGGAUUUGGGACUGAGUUCCAGGGAAAGAAAUCCCAUGAGGUUCUGCAGCGAAUCCAGGAGCAUGAAAUCCGGCUGUUGGAGGUGAUGAAACGCUGUCUACACAUCCGGGUCAAGAGCGAUCGUAACUAUGCAGACGCACUCUCUGGAUUGGUCAAAGAAGCCCAGAAAUUCACGUGUCCGGAAUUCCAGCCAAUGCUAGCUGUUUUCCAGGCCUGGGAUGUGGUUCUUCAGCAGACAGACAAACUGUUACAGCACAUCAAACAGAGCGCACAGAAGAUGGAGUCAGAGACGCUGUCUCGCCUCAACGAUCUCAUCACCAAGAAGAAAGAGACCCGGAAGUUUUACAUAGAUGAACGGAGUCGUCUAGAAGCAGAGUUCAAUAAGGUUCAGGAGGAGGUUCAGAAGAACAAGCAGGAGUACGGCCGGUGUGUGAUGAGACUCUCCACAGACGAAGCCAAGUACAACGACCUUAAAUCCAAAGGUGGAAAAUUCGCAAAGGUGGAAGAAGCCAAGGUGAAAUAUCAGAAAUCCGCAGCGCGUCUUCACCGUGUGCACAACGAUUACGUCCUGUCUCUACGAGAGGUCAGCUCGUGUCAGGACGGGUAUCUGACCAGGACGUUGCCAAGUUUUCUCGAUUAUCACCAGACGUCGCAGGAAAUCCUCGUACAGCAAUGCAAAGAGAUCCUGCUGCAAUACCAGGAGCUCACUGAUCUAUCCAAUGAGACGUGUUGUGAAAUCUACCGAGACACUCAAGAGGUGGUCGAAAAAAUCAACCCUGAAAAAGAGUAUGAGAGCGAGGACUUCGUCAGCACAUUUAGUUCAGAGAAGAUUGAACCCAUAGUAUUCGACUUCAGUAGUACGCUGUUGGCUGAUUACCAGGGAAUUCUAGAAAUCAACAAACUGGCACUCAACGACAUGACAAUAGCAGACAUACAGACAAGGAAAAAAGAACUUGAGGAUGAAAAGAAUCGCUUGGACCUUCUAUUGCACAAUCAACAGGGCUCGCUCAGUCGACAGGAGGAGGAGCUUAAAGUGAUUGGCAGUCAACAAUGGCAGUCUGGAGAGUACCAUCAGAAACGGCAGGAAUUGGAAAAACUUCGCUGUGAUGUCGCAGACACCGAGUCCAAACUUGCCACGCAGGAAGUUCUACUGAAGGAGGUGUUGGACUUGAUUGAAACGACGGGGGAUAACAUCCCAUCAGCGCUGGAGUUCUCGGUGGAAAUUCCACUAGAUGAUACGGGAUCAGGAACUGGUAGCAUGUUUGGUCCUAAAGGGUUAAAGGGAAUCAAGAACUUGACUCAUACCAUUGGUAAGGCCCUGCAGCGGAAGUCGGUGCCAGAGAAUGAAGAAAGCCAUCGGGACAGUUAUGAGGACCAGGACAAGAACAGCAAGUCCAACGGUCCCCAGUCCCCUGUAUCGCAAGAUUACCAGUUGGCCUCAAACUCGUCAGGUCCUGAGAUUCCGGUGGAGGAGCAGGACUGGUUCCAUGGUGUUCUGCCGCGGGAGGAAGUCCAGCGACUGCUGACGAAGGACGGCGACUUCCUGGUCAGAGAGAGUAAAAACAGGAAGACAAACGAACCCCAGUAUGUGCUGUCUGCAUACUGGCAGGGAUACCGACACUUUAUCAUACAGUAUGCUGAUAACGGCUGGCGAUUUGAGGGACGAGCUUUUCCUACAAUAUCAGAAUUAGUGAACUAUCAGCAUUUGUCCGGGGAACCUGUCACAACAAAGUCACAAACAAUCCUGAAAACACCGAUCCUCAGAGAGCAAUGGCAGCUCAGGAACGAUGACAUCGCCCUGGAAAUGAAAAUAGGAAAUGGUAACUUUGGAGAGGUGUAUAAGGGAGUGUACAAACCUAAGACAAUGGUGGUAGCUGUGAAGACUUGUAGAGACACACUGUCUGAGGAUCAGAGGAAGAAAUUUCUACAGGAGGGCCGCAUCCUGAAACAGUACGACCAUCCAAACAUAGUACGAUUUAUCGGCAUAGCGGCCCAGCGACAACCCGUGAUGAUCGUGAUGGAGUAUGUGGCUGGAGGGGCCCUAUUGAAUUAUUUGAGGAAGCAGGGAAAGACCUUGUCCAAGAAACAACUGACAAAGAUGUGUGAGGAUGCAGCGAAUGGAAUGGCUUACCUGGAGAGUAAGAACUGCAUUCACAGGGAUCUGGCUGCCAGAAACUGCCUGGUGGGUGACAAGUCGGUGGUGAAGAUCUCCGACUUUGGUAUGUCCCGGGAGGAGGAGGAAUACACUGUGUCGGAUGGUCUGAAACAGAUCCCAAUCAAGUGGACAGCUCCCGAGGCCCUGCUGUACGGAAAGUACACGUCGCUGUGUGAUGUGUGGAGCUUUGGGAUCUUGAUGUGGGAAAUCUUCUCCAGUGGUGUGACACCUUAUUCUGGGAUGACCAAUAACCAGGCCCGGGAACAGAUAGACCGAGGCUACAGAAUGCCAGCCCCCGAAGGGACGCCCGAUGCCUGCUAUGAUCUGAUGAUGAAAUGCUGGGAAUACAAUCCUGCUGAGCGUUAUCAUUUCGACAAAAUCCACAAAGAACUUCAAUCCAUUUUAAAGUCAUUAUGAUAAUUUCCCAGGAGCCUUUAUGAUUUCCCAGGAGUCUUUGUGACUUUUCUAUGAUGUGACAGGUGCAUUAAUUUUGUUCAAAACUUCCUUCCAUAGUCGCUAAAAAAUGGAAGGGGGUGUUCUGCUGAGAGAAUAGUUUUGGUUAUCUGCAUGUGUGUAUAAGGAAGGUGCUGACUGGUGUGUAUAAGGAAGGCGUGGACUGGUCUUUCAUGUGAUGUGUCUAAGCUUAGAUAACAGAUAACACAUACAGAUUUGUCUGUCUGUACAUAUACGUACGUGUACAACUUGCAUAUGAUACACAUGUAGAGUACUUGUGUGUAUAUAUAUAUAUAUACAGUAUGUGUAUAUAUGUACAAUAUAUGUAUAUAUGUACAAUAUGUAUAUAUAUAUAUAUAUAUACAGUACGUGUAUAUAUGUACAAUAUAUGUAUACAUGUACAGUAUGUAUAUAUAUGUACAGUAUGUGUGUAUAUGUAGAGUAUGUAUAUAUAUGUACAGUAUGUGUAUAUAUGUACAGUAUGUAUAUAUAUGUACAGUAUGUGCAUACAUGUACAGUAUGUGUAUAUAUGUACAGUAUGUGUAUAUGUACAGUAUGUAUACACAUGUACAGUAUGUGUAUAUAUGUACAGUAUGUAUAUAUAUGUACAGUAUGUGUAUAUAUACAGUAUGUAUAUAUAUGUACAGUAUGUGUAUAUAUGUACAGUAUGUAUACACUUGUAUCUGACAUGAUAUUCAUUUAGGAGGAAGAGACAAUCUAUAACAGGAUUUGAACUCUUGACCUGUGACCUUUAUGGUAAGGACCAAAGAUGAAGGUCAAGAGAUUGAAUGUGAAGAAAUAUGAAAGCUGAGAAUAUUGAUAGUGAUAACAAUGUUACAUAAUGGAAACCAUUGUUAGAUUUUUUUGUUUUAUCUCCAAGGCAUGCACAUUUUUGGGGUUGUAACCUUUGACCUCUGCCUUACUUUUAUGCAAUUUAACAUCUUUAGCCUGCUGUAAUGAAGAAUAUGCAUAAUUAGUACUGUAUUUAAUUGUUUUUAAAACAUUUAUCAUGUUAGUAACUAUUGUUUUGACUAUAUUUGUUCAAUGACUUUUUUAUGGCAGACCUACAUACUGUUGUGAUGUACCAGUGAUUUUUCACAUAUUUCGUAUCUAAAAAUUGUUAGUACAGAGAUUUUAGAAAACUUUCUAUUGAUAAGUGAUAGUUUCCUACAAAACAUGCCAAGUUAAAUCUUGUAAAAAAUACUCUAAGACUGUGGAAAUCUUUUGUGUAAUUAUUUUUUUUUUUUACAAGAUCUGCAUUUUCGAUUUAUGAACAGGAGGUAAUUUUCACAUCUGAUGAUUGAUGUUUUAUUAAUUAAUUCAAUUUAUUAAAAAGCAAUAAAAAUUUAGAUGAGUUUGUAAUCUUGAAGAAAAAAAUGAAAUUCUCAUAUAUAGUAUCUUAUUGAUUAUUGUAAAUUGCAUUUCGUGAUAAUUAAUUUUUACUCAAGUUGCUUUGUGAAAUUUAUCCCCAAGAUAUUUUUGUGUGUGUGAUUGUUCACUUAGAUCAACAUAGCAUGUAUGCAUAAAAAAUUUCUGAGGAUCAUAUUUUUAUGAAGAGAUGAACUGAAUUUCACAAAUUCGUUUGAAAAUAAAGGUCUUCGUAUUAGAAGUUGAUUUGCAGUGGUCAAUCUGAGAAGGAACCAAAGAUUUGCCUAAAUACAGAGUAUCUAUGACCAAAAUCAGCAGGUCUGUUAUAAAAGAGAAUAUUUCUAAUUUGAUGAACUGUAUGUUAUCAAUAUUUAUCAGUUUCUUGGCUGUUCUCAUAACUAUCAUUUAAAACAUGAUGUAUUUCAUAGUACAAUUUUUGAUAACCCUCGAUAUUUUUUUCAGUAUGUAAUUUUCUCGUGCCUAUUGUCAAAAGUAAAAGUAGCAGAACAAUGUUACAUCUGCUAUGAGAAUUCUUGUUUCUGUUUUAGCAGAUAAUUUGUUAGAGAUUAUCAGUUAUUUUUAAACUGACUUGUAAAAUUCUUUAUGUAGGUCUUUGUGAUUCAAAUAUUAAAUAGUAGGAAUGAUUGGUUGUAAGAUGAUCAUGUGAUCAAUUCCCACAAUGCUCUCUGUGAGUGAUGUUGUUUUCUGUCUUGACCUCUUUGUAUAAAUCCAUGCACCAGAAACAAACAUAAGAAUAAAUAUUAAAAGGCAUGAUAAUCAAACAAUUUAAGACACUUGUUGACAUUUGUUGAACCAAUAGACAUAGGAAAAUAUAUCGACAUUCUAUGGAAAUAUUAUCAGCUUUCAAAGUUUUUCUUUUAUAAUCUGAUAACUUGCGUUAUAACUUUACCUUAACAGUUCAGAAGGUAGGAUAGGUAGAAUCAGUCAUUUUAUUGAUAGACAAUCUUGCCUUGAAUUUCAUUAAGAUACUACAUGUAUAUAUCUAUAUCUAGAUAUAUAUAUAUAUAUAUAUAUAUAUAUAUAUAUAUAUAUGAAGUUGUGAAUUCAUUUAAGAUUUUAUGUACAAACAUGGAACAAAGUUACAAGUUUGUUUCUUCUUGUGCUAUUGUAUAUAUAUGAAAUUUAUUUACAAAUGUUAAUAUAUAUUUGAAAAUGAAUUUAUUUUGAAUACGUUUCGUACACACCUGCUUUCCGUGUAUAGUUCACUAGGUUCUGUUCCUGUUGGAAUGUGUUCGGCCUUUGUUCUUCUCUAACACUUUCCUAUAUAUCAAUAUUUAAAAUAUGUAUAUUAACUGCUGCUGUUGUCACAUGACUGUCAUGUGACAGAUGAUAUAUUCUAUGUUAUUUAUUACAAAUGAUAUAUAUAUAUAUGUGUGUAUAUGAUAUACAUAAUAUGUUAUCGUGACGUUGCUGGACAAAUCAAAUACAUAACUAUACAUACAUGUAUUAUAAUGUUUUAAGAAAUGCCAAGUUACUAGUUUUGUUUUAUAGGUGUUGUACUCGUGGUAAUCAUUACGAAUUUAAUCAUGUUAAUUAAGCACGUGUUGUAUAAGACUCACAGAAUAAAUGGAAGCAAGUGUCUCUGUCACUGUGUGUAGUGAUUGUUCAUAGAUUUGUAUAGAACAUUUACAAUAUCUUAAACAUGUUCAGAGGUGUUUGUUUCUCCCAGAUUUCAUACAAUGCAUAAUGCAGUUUGAAUAAUUAUAUAAUAAUUGUAUUCUAUGCUCCUUCUGCGGAGCAUCCUUAAUUAACAUCAUUAUUAGCCACUCUGAAAAUAUUAGACGAUUUAUUAAAAUAAUUAUUUUACAUUUUGAGCUAUGGUAUACUCAAGUUUAACAUGCAGUGAAAAAAACCCCAGUGUGCAUAAUUUUGUCAAAAGUGUGUCUAAACAAUAGUUAUACCAUUCAACUGAAUGCUAAUGAGUGAUCAAGGGUAGAUACGAUUUUUUUUUAUCAUUUGUUGUCUUCCAUGAUCUUGUUGAUGUUUGGUCAUUUACAUGGAUAAGAGACAAGCUUGUCUAUUUCAAUGUUGAAACAUAUGUUGAAUGUGUUUAUAUUAUGGUUGACUUUCAGAAUGAAUGCAUGCAUCUCAAAUGAUAAAUCUCACUGAUUCUAUACCUCAAUCUUAGGACUUCCUAUUUAUUUUCUCUUUGAUUAUUUCUUGAUAUGUUCUAGACUUAUUCAAGCUGCCAAACCUUUAAAAAUGGCUUUGAGUUUUAAGUUUUAGGAACAUGCGUUAUUCAAUGGCAGUGAUGUAGACUCAUGUGUACAAAUUUGCAUAUUUAUAAAAAAAAGAUUUUGAUUUGUGUAAAGUUUCCUAGAAUUCUGUGUUAUUAACCGUAGUAUGUAUGUUGUAUAUAUACAGUGAAGAGAAACACUGUGUUUGCAAACUGGUUGUAACACCACACAUUCUUUACAUUGUAGUCCAAUUCAAAAGGUAUCCUCAUAAACAUUUUUAAACAACAGAAAAUCGUUCAGAUUCAGAAGAUUUUACAUUAGUAUCAACGAAGAACGAAUAGUUCUAGGAAACAGUUCCAAGUUCACUUUCAUUAUUGUGUCUACAAGCUGUACUUUUCUAAUGAGCUCAGAGAAAACAACCAGAAUUAUUGUCAAUGACGCCUAUGAAUACUGCCAGAUGCUUCCUUGAAAUAUUAAUAUGAAUUUGCUGUCACAAAUUGUUUCUGGUGAAUUGACAAUUUUUCUUUUGCAAUACUGUGAACCAGCUUUAUUUUAGUUUUCUGUAUAUUUAUAUAGAUAUAUAUAAUACGUUAUGUGAAAAAAGAACCAGUUUAGUAAGGAUGUAACUAGUUCUGUUCUUCAACAAGGUAUUGUGGUGCCACACUGUGGAUCAGAAUACUGUUAUCAGUGUAUUGUUGUAGUAUGAAUUCAUUCUGUGUAACUAUAAAGGAAUUCAUUAUACCUACUGAGGCAAUGUUGAAAUGAUUGUGAUUUCUCAUGACAUGUUCAAGUCUGAAUAAAAUAUAAGGUAAAAGUU